AUUGAUCUCAGUUUGAGAAUUGUUGUUUGAAAAAUGGAAUGGGUCCACUUGAUCUUCCAUGUAAUCCUAGUAUUCCAUUUAUACACCAUCGAAGCACAAUCAUUAGAAACAACAACCAUAUCAAGAGACAACUUAACCAUCAUGUUUGUUGGUUUUUUAUCUGCCUUAAUUUUAAUGGCCUUGUUUGCACUCUUACUCCGCCAUUGCUCAUCCACCUCCUAUAGUUACAACUGUAACCUAAUCACCGAUCUAUUCCGCCGCGGAUUCAACCGUCGAGUCAUCAACAAGUGCCCUAUCCUCGUUCACUCCACCGGUAAAACGACGCUUGAAUGUGCCAUUUGCCUAAAUGAGUUUCAACACAACGAUAAAAUAAGGUUGCUUCCGAAAUGUUAUCAUGUUUUUCACCGAGAUUGUAUUGAUGUUUGGUUACUCUCUCACAUGAAUUGUCCUAUUUGUCGCUCCAAACUCAUCCCUAAUGUUCCAGAAUCAGAGCAGCAACAAGAACAAGAACAUAGUAGCACCAUUACGGUGCCAGGGGAAGUGGCAUCGGCUGAUAAUAACGAGAAUGUUAUUGUCUCUCCACAUUCAACGGAUCAUUCAUUAGCGGAACAUUGCGCCAUUUAACUUCAUUCACUGUAUUGGGUGAAUUUUGAUGAACAAAAUAUUUUUAUUUUUGUAGAGGUUUAUGUACAAAAUAUAAAUAAUGUGUG